AUGGCGGAGGAGGAGGGCUUCGCGGAGGUGUUCGCCUUCCUGCACAGCGACCGCGAGAACGUGCGCAAGAUGGCGGUGCGCGGCAUCGCGGAGCAGAGCAAGGACAACGCCGCUCUUUUCGCGUUCGUGUCAUCGCGAACGCACGGGCCCGGCGCUAUCGACGCGCUGUUGCAGUUCCUCCACGCCGGCGGGAUACCAUUGCUCGGNGACAUCCUGACAAUCCUCAUUAACUGCUCCGCGGAGGGCGGCUGCGCAGAGAUGCUCGUCACGCGCAAGGUCGUGCGCAAGGCGAUGCGGCUCCUCGACGGCAUCGAGAACUCUGACCAUGCGGACUCGCUGAAGCGGAGCCUGGAGGAGAUGACGCUCAUGCUGCUCAGCAACCUCACAGCCAGCCACAUCACGGCGGUGGACGAUCUGCUGCAGAUGGAGGAUGAGGACCUCCGCGGCUUCUACCUCGGCAAGCUGCAGGUGUACUACACGCGCUUCGCCGCCGACUUUUGCAGCGAAGCAGCCGAAGCGGAGGCGGCGGAGGAGGAGAGGGAAGCACAGCAGCCUGAUCUGGCGGCGGCAGCGGGAACUGCCAGGCCGCCCGUGCGAAACCUGCAGCGGUGGAUCCUGCAGAUUCUGCUCAAUCUGACGCGCUCCAGCGACGGGCAAGUGCUGCUGAUGGAGGAUGAGGACUGGGCGCGCAGUCUCACGGAGUGCCUCGGCUCCCCCAACGAGCGGCACCGUCUGCUCGCAGCCCAGUGCUAUCGCAACUGCACCUUCGAAAAAGAACAACACCCGGCAGUAUUACGCAGCCGUUGCAUCAGCGUCUGUGUGGAGCGGNAGUGCUAUCGCAACUGCACCUUCGAAAAAGAACAACACCCGGCAGUAUUACGCAGCCGUUGCAUCAGCGUCUGUGUGGAGCGGCUCAGCGACGGGAGCGAGAGUGUAGCUGAGGUGGAGUUGCUGCUGGCGGAGAUUCUGGCAGGGAUAAUGCAGUCGGAGGAGGGCAUUAUGGCCCUAGAGGGGCUCAACGCGAAGAAACAUCUGCAGAUGGCGGUGACAGGGAAUAAGAUGCACGCAGAAACGGCGGAGUUCGUCACGCGGCACGUGCUGCCGCUUCUCGACGACGUGGUCGAUGCGUACGUGGUGCCGGAGAGCGAUAACGUCGAUUAA